AUGGGUGAGUUAGUUUUAGAUUCGGACAAUGAAGACGUUCCAUUGUCAAUAUUGCUGAAGGAUAGAAGGUCCGUCAUGAUUAAAGAUGAGUAUGAGGAAGAUGAGGACAGCUUUGCAUCGAUUAAAAAGGAAAACUAUUCUGUGAAGACAGAAGUUAAAAUUGAGGAAGAAAAGAAAGAUACACGCGCUUCAAAGAAACGGUCAAGAACAACAAAGGUUAAAAAUGAAGGUGAAAAGUCCACAAAGAAGAGAAAGACCUCGAAGCGGAAAAAUGCAAAAGGCGUGAAAAAGGAGAAAAAAGUGACGGUUAAAAAAGAGAGGAAACCAAAAAGAAAGCCAAAAACAGAAGCGGAAAAGCGUAAAGAGAGAGAGCUAAAGCUCAAAAAGGAAGAAGAAGAGGCACACAUUUAUAAAUGGUGGGAGAAUCAGGAUGACUUAGAUGGAGAAAUCAAAUGGCACACUCUAGAACACCACGGAGUGAUUUUUCCAGAUGAAUAUAAGCCACUGCCAAAAAGUGUGAAGCUUUUGUAUGACGGAAAACCGGUUAGUCUGCCUCCAGAGGCGGAAGAGGUUGCAGGAUUUUAUGGUGCAAUGUUGGAGACGGAACAUGCAAAAAAUCCCGUUUUCCAAAAAAACUUCUUCAGGGAUUUCAAGGCAGUUUUGAAGGAAUCAGGCGGUUGUCCCGAGGCUAAGAUUACAAAAUUCGAGAAGUGCGACUUCUCUCAUAUAUACAAGUAUUUCGAUAAGCAAAGAGAGAAGAAGAGAUCGUUGCCUCCUCAGGAGAAAAAGAGAAUAAGAGAAAAGAGAGCGAAAGCGGAAGAAAAGUACAAAUUUUGCAUGUUGGAUGGCCGUAAAGAGCAGGUUGGAAACUUUAAGAUUGAGCCUCCGGGACUUUUCCGAGGUCGUGGAGCGCAUCCAAAAACUGGAAUGCUCAAGAGACGUGUAUAUCCAGAACAAGUGACUCUUAAUCUUGGAAACGAAGCAGAAGUUCCACUUCCUCCAAAGGGCCAUAAUUGGAAAGAAGUCAGGCAUGAUAACACUGUUUCGUGGUUGGCAAUGUGGCGUGAGAAUAUUUCCAACUCAUUUAAGUACGUGAGAUUUGCUAACAACUCAUCAUUAAAGGGAAUCAGCGAUUUCAAGAAGUUCGAAAAGGCCCGGGCAUUGAAAAAUGUUAUUGACGACAUCAGAAAGGACUACCGCAGGAAAUUAAAGUCGAAGUUGAUGAUUGAGCGGCAAAUCGCGACUGCUACUUAUUUUAUAGAUGUGCUAGCAUUGAGAGCAGGAGGAGAAAAGUCGGAAGAUGAGGCUGAUACGGUUGGAUGUUGCUCUUUGAGAUACGAACACAUCUUUUUGAGGCCUCCAAACACGGUUAUAUUUGAUUUUCUCGGUAAGGAUUCGGUCCGCUUUUAUCAGGAGGUGGAAGUUGAUCCUCAAGUUUUCAAAAACCUUCGGAUUUUCAAGAAAACACCCAAAAAACCAGGUGAUGAUCUAUUUGACAGGUUGGAUCCAAGUAUUUUGAACAAGUACUUCCACAGUUAUCUACCAGGAUUGACUGCAAAAGUGUUCCGUACGUACAACGCCUCUAAAACAAUGCAGGAUCAACUGGAUUUGAUCCCCAACAAAGGAACCGUAAACGAGAAAGUGGUUCGUUUCAAUGCUGCAAACAGAGAGGUGGCCAUCUUAUGUAAUCACCAGAGAAAUGUCAGUAAGGGAUUCGAGGCCAGCUUGCAGAAGAUGAACGAAAAAAUUGAGGAAAUGCAGUGGAGGAAGUUCCGUUUGAAGCGGGUGAUGCUCCAAUUGGACAAGAAUUUGAAGAGGAAGAAGGGUAAGGCAUACUUUGAUGAGAUAGAAACACUGUCUAAGGAAAAAGAGCAGCAAAUAAUCAAUAGUUUGCUGGAGAAGGAGAAGGAGAGAAACGAAAAAAGGUAUACGAGAGAGAAGCAGAAACUCGAUUGGGAUAAGAAGACCAUUUCACAGAAAGAAUACCACGAGCGGCUUGAGAGUUUGAAGGAAGAUAAGAAGAAAAGAGCUGAAAAGCACAGAGAGAAGAGCAAGCAGUUGAAAGCAGAGGCUAGAAACCAUAAGUAUGACCUAUCGGCAUCAGUCACUGUUGAAAAACUCGAAAAACAGGUUGAUAAGCUUGAAGAGAGAAUACGAAAUGCUCAUCUUCAGUUGAAAGACAGAGAAGACAACUCCAGUGUCGCCUUAUCCACUUCUAAGGUCAACUACAUUGAUCCAAGAUUGACCGUCAUGUUCUCAAAAAAAUACGAUGUGCCAAUUGAAAAGCUGUUUACGAAAUCGUUGCGGCAGAAGUUUGCAUGGGCAAUCGAGUCUGCUGAUAAGGACUGGAGGUUCUAA